AUGUCCGAGCCAACUCCAGCCCCAACCACGAACACAUCAUCUAAUACAGACAGCACAACAGAUGCAACAAAUGCAGCAAAUGCAACAAAUGCAGCAAACACAUCUAAUAGUUCACAUGACUCCACCCAACCCAACACCAACACAACCCCACCUCAAUCAAACACCAACUCAUCUCACCCCACCACAACCCCAUCUCAACCCAACACCAACCCAUCUGAAUCUCUUCAAGCCAUCAACAAUGCCAUCACUCGCAACGAACAAUUUGACCAUCUCCAGGACAUUCAAGCCACCCUCCAAACACUCCUCCAAAAACACGGCAAAGAGAAUCUCCCCGGUCUAGAUACCAUCCAAACUUCCCUUACCCAACUUACUGACCAAAUCAAAGCUGCCGACCAACCAGUCCAAGUCUCCCCCCAUUUCCUCCAGCGCAUGCAAACUUUCGCCAGUCUCCCACAACUCCAAGCCGACCUCAAAUCCUCCCCACCCCGUCCCCGCCACAACCGCACUCUCUUCGACUUCGUCUAA